AUGGCGGGCGGCGAGGAGAACGGCACAGAAAGCAGCCCCGGGGAGCCGCCUCCCCAUCCUGAGGAGCCGCCGCAGGCGCUCGCUGAGGAGUUACUCCAGGAGAAGCCCCGGCCCGGCGCCCCUCACGGCGAGGAUGAGCCGGAGGAGGAAGGCGAGGAGGAAGAGUCGGAGCGCUCAGAGGGUCACUUGCAGGAGGUGUUGGAUGAAGACAUGGCCGCUGAGGGGCUCCACACCUUCGGCCGCUCCGCCCCCGGCACUGAGUACGUUUAUCUUCACCUGUCACUGCCAGGUCGUGGGCUGAGUGACAUCAGCAUUCUCUCCGGAUACAUUCACCUGCAGAAAAUGGAGCUUUCCUCCAAUAAAAUUAAUGAUCUUUCCUGUGUCAGUCACAUGCCUUAUUUAGUAGAGCUGAAUGCUUCCAAUAAUGAACUGACCACUUAUUUCAACUUUAAAGCCCCUAAAAACCUCAGGGAAGUAGAUUUUUCACACAAUCAAAUCCCAAAAAUGAAAGAUUUAUCAGAAUACCAUUCACUUACCAAGCUGCUGCUGGAUUACAAUGAGAUUGAGGAGAUCCGAGGGCUGGAGCAGUGUCACAGCCUGACCCAGCUGGGGCUGUCACACAACAGGCUGGCUGCCAUCAGGGGCCUGCACAACCUGCCCAUCAGGGUCCUCAACCUGAGCUUUAACCAGAUUGAGAAGGUGGAUGGGCUGAAGAGCUUGAAAAACCUACAGCGUCUGAAUCUGUCCAACAACAAAAUAAACAGCCUGCAAGGCUUGGAGGAGCACGACCUGCUGGAGGUGAUCAACCUGGAGGACAACCAGGUGGCUGAGCUGAGCGAGCUCAAAUGGAUUGAGGAUCUGCCUCUCCUGAGGGAUUUAAAUCUCCUAAAAAACCCUCUGCAGGAAAAGGGCAGUUAUUGGCUCUCAGCGAUUUUCAUGCUGCUCCAAGUCACAGAUCUGGAUCUCAAAAAGGUCACAGUGGAAGAAAAGGUGGCUGCUGUGAAUAAAGAGGCUCCUCCUCCCGACGUCGUGGCCGCUGAGGACCACCGGACUCAGCUUUUGUACCACUCCCUGCAGCCCCAGAGCGUCCUCAACAGCACUUUGCCCACUUUUGAGGAUCCCUACCCCUUGCUGGUGCUGCUGGGCCCUGUGGCCGGGGGCAGGAGGCAACUCGCCCUCAAAAUCUGCAGACAAUUCAAAACUUUCUUCAGAUUUGGGCCCUGCCACACCACCAGGAAAGCUUAUUUCGGAGAAGAAAACAGGCUGGAUUAUCAUUUCAUUUCUCAAGAAGAAUUUGACAAAAUGGUGAAAGCAGGCAGAUUCCUGGCCACCUACAAAUACAGCGGGCACAGCUACGGGCUGGCACGGGGCACGCUGGAGUCCAUCGCCAGGGAGGGGCUGGCCACGUGUGUGCACAUGGAAAUCGAGUUUCUGGUCUGUUUUUUCAGCAUCAGCAGCACGUUCACCUUUGUGUUGGUGUGA